CUCUCCCCUGUUUAGUUUGCUAUUUACAAUUAUACCCCUCUCUCUCUCCUCCCAGAUCUUCGUCCUCUCACCCACACCCUCACUCCAAACGCGACGCACUUCGAGCGAUAGAGCAAACGAUCAGUGAUCGUAGAUCGAUCGUUGAGCCGAGGAGGAUCAGAAGCAUCAAUGACGACGUCGAGCUGUGCGAGAAUGGACACCGUCUUUCUGUGUUCGAGGUUCGGUGUCAAGUCAUUGCCGUUUUCGUCGUCUUCACUUCUCUCUUCCUUUCCUGUGUUUACUUCGGCGAUUCGACUUCGUGCGAAGACGAGUUCUGGAUUUCAUUCGGUCAGAGCCUCCUCAUCUUCCUCUUCUUCCUCGUCAGCGGCUGCCGUCGCCGGAGCUCAAGGCAUUAAGAUUAAAUCGGUGCCGACGAAGCCAAUCGAGGGACAGAAGACUGGAACGAGCGGCCUCCGGAAGAAGGUUAAAGUUUUCAUGCAAGAGAAUUAUCUUGCCAACUGGAUCCAGGCACUGUUUAAUUCAUUGCCACCGGAGGACUAUAAGAAUGGAGCGUUGGUUUUAGGAGGCGAUGGCCGUUACUUCAACAAAGAGGCUGCACAGAUAAUCAUCAAAAUUGCGGCUGGGAAUGGAGUUGAAAAAAUUUUAGUUGGACAGGAUGGCAUUUUAUCAACACCAGCAGUUUCUGCUGUGAUCAGGAAAAGACAGGCAAAUGGCGGAUUUAUUAUGAGUGCAAGUCAUAAUCCUGGUGGGCCUGAAUAUGACUGGGGUAUCAAGUUCAAUUACAGCAGUGGCCAGCCUGCUCCUGAGACCAUAACUGACAAGAUUUUUGGAAAUACCCUCUCAAUUUCUGAGGUUUUGGUGGCGGAGAUUCCCGACAUAGAUCUUUCUUGUGUUGGAGUUACCAAAUAUGGGAGCUUCAGUGUAGAAGUUAUAGAUCCAGUUUCUGAAUAUUUGGAGCUUAUGGAGAACGUGUUCGAUUUUGAUCUCAUCAGAGGCCUUCUUUCAAGACCAGAUUUUGGGUUCAUGUUUGAUGCCAUGCAUGCAGUUACUGGUGCUUAUGCGAAGCCCAUAUUUGUUGAUAAGCUUGGAGCAAAACCUGAUUCAAUCUCAAAUGGAGUGCCUCUAGAGGAUUUUGGACAUGGCCAUCCAGAUCCUAAUUUGACAUAUGCAAAGGAUUUGGUUGACAUUAUGUAUCGUGAUGAUGGGCCUGAUUUCGGAGCAGCAAGUGAUGGCGAUGGUGAUAGAAACAUGAUCUUAGGGAAGAAUUUUUUUGUAACUCCGUCAGACUCUGUUGCUAUCAUUGCCGCCAAUGCCCAAGAAGCAAUUCCAUAUUUCCGAGAUGGUCCUAAGGGAUUAGCUCGAUCUAUGCCAACAAGUGGUGCUCUUGAUUGUGUUGCCAACAAGCUGAAGCUUCCCUUUUUUGAGGUUCCCACUGGAUGGAAGUUUUUUGGAAACCUUAUGGAUGCAGGGAAGUUGUCAAUCUGUGGAGAAGAAAGCUUCGGUACAGGUUCUGAUCACAUCCGUGAGAAGGAUGGCAUAUGGGCUGUGUUGGCGUGGCUUUCAAUUAUUGCAAACCGAAACAAAGACAAGAAGCCAGGGGAGAAGUUGGUGUCUGUUUCAGAUGUCGUGAAAGAACACUGGGCAACGUAUGGGAGGAAUUUCUUUUCCAGAUAUGACUAUGAAGAAUGUGAAUCUGAAGGGGCCAAUAAAAUGAUCGAGUAUCUUAGAGAUCUCGUGUCUAAGAGCAAGCCAGGUGAAAAAUAUGGAAACUAUGUCCUGCAGUUUGCAGAUGACUUCUCAUACACUGACCCAGUUGAUGGAAGUGUUGUCACCAAGCAGGGUGUUCGGCUUGUUUUCACUGAUGGAUCCAGGAUCAUAUUUCGGUUAUCAGUAUUGACACGGCCAGCAGGUGCUACCGUUCGAAUGUACAUUGAACAGUUUGAGGCAGAUGUUUCGAAUCAUGAUAUAGACGCCCAAACAGCUCUAAAGCCUUUAAUUGGUUUGGCGCUGUCUGUAUCAAAGCUGAAGGAAUUCACAGGAAGAGAGAAACCUACUGUCAUUACAUAAAGCUAUUUAUUCCUCUUCGGCUCAUCUUUGCCCUUAGCCCUGCUGCGAGGCAAGUUGGUUUCCCUUUAUUUUUUACCUCGUUUAGUCCUGUAAAUGCUCCAUGUUCAGUUUGUCUGCCACGCAGCCUGAAAAUUCUGGAGCAUUUAAGUACGUAUUUGUGGCAUAUAAUUGAGGAGCAUUUUAAGUUCGUACUUCGUAGUUGUAACAAAUAAUUUGUAUACUAUUUACAGAAAUAGAACCUGUCCUAUUUUUGGUACUAGUUAGAAACAAAAUCAAGCCAGGAGAAUGCUUGAUCGAUA